AUGAUGCUUAAGAGUCUUUGCCAAAUUGGCAUAAUAGUUCUAAACAAAACACUAAAGCCAGUAAAUUCAGCUUUAUUCGGGCUUAUUUAUAUCAUUGUUUUCUUAAGUUUUACUAUAUUUUGUAUAAAAAGAAAACCAUAUAAUUAUCAUAGAUUCAACCUUUGGCUCUCUGUAUCUCAUUUUGCUGUUUUAUGAAGUUUGGUGGUAUCCUCAAUUUUUCUAGUAUCUGGGAAUCGUUUUACACUAUUUUGGAUUUUUCUUGAGUACCUUGGCUGGAUUAUAAUUAUAAUUGCUGGUGUUUUAAUUCAAACUAAAGGCUCUAUGCUAAAUUAUCGUGCAUUCUUGACAAUAUACAUUUUAUCGAAUUAAAUUUCGCAGAAAAUUUUUUAAUAGUGUGAUAUUUAAUUGAUUUUCGCUAUUACAAAAUUUCCUCUUUUAAAAAGUUAGAAAAUACAGGAAAUUUUUAAAACUUUAAGUUUUAUAAAUUUCUAUCUUUCAAAAAGCAAAAAUUUCAACCAAUUUUUGUCGAAAUGUACUUUGAUGAAAUGCUUACUAUCAAAUAUUCACGACCAUUAGACCCAAACUAAAUUUUAUCCGAGUUUAUUGUAUAGGGAAAAGACGCUUGAUAUCAGCUUGUUUUUUAGAUUUUCACUGGGUCGUAAUGCGAUGGAAAAAUCGCUUUUUCUUGAAAUGACGAGAAAGCGAAACCAAAACUCCCAAAAAAUUGAUAAGUUUGGUGUUGAAGUAUGUAAUAAAUAA